AUGACUAAGAUCAUUUUUAACAGACUUUUAUCACCACCACAGGACUCUUUCCAAGAUGGACAGAAAAGCUUUGAUCUUACUCAUUUUGUUCGCAACCACAGGAAUUGCAGCAACUCAGUCAUUGAACACAACAUCAUCACCAUCAUCUACAGCAUCUACAGCUACUACAGUAUUUACAGAAUCUACACCUUCUACAACAUCUACAGAGUCCACAGCUUCUACAGCAUCUACAGCAUCUACAGUUUCUACAGCUUCUACAGUUUCUACAGCAUCUACACCUACAGCAUCUUCAGCUUCUCCAGCUUCUACACCUGCAACAGCAUCUACUGCAUCUACAACAUCUACACCUUCUACAGUAUCUACUGCAUCUACAGAAUCUACAGCUUCUACAUCUACAGCAUCUACUGCAUCUACUGCAUCUACACCUACAGCAUCUACAGCAUCUACUGCAUCUACACCUACAGCUUCUACAGCAUCUACACCUUCUACAGCAUCUACUGCAUUUACAGAAUCUACAGCUUCUACACCUUCUACAGCAUCUACUGCAUCUACACCUACAGCAUCUACACCUACAGCAUCUACUGUAUCUACACCUUCUACAGCAUCUACAGCAUCUACUGCAUCUACACCUACAGCAUCUACAGCAUCUACUGCAUCUACACCUACAGCAUCUACAGCAUCUACUGUAUCUACACCUUCUACAGCAUCUACUGCAUUUACAGAAUCUACAGCUUCUACACCUUCUACAUCAUCUACUGCAUCUACACCUACAGCAUCUACAGCAUCUACUGUAUCUACACCUUCUACAGCAUCUACAGCAUCUACUGCAUCUACACCUACAGCAUCUACAGCAUCUACUGCAUCUACACCUACAGCAUCUACAGCAUCUACUGCAUCUACUCCAUCUACACCUACAGCUUCUACAGCAUCUACUGCAUCUGCACCUACAGCAUCUACUGCAUCUACACCUACAGCUUCUACAGCAUCUACAGCUUCUACAGCAUCUACAGCUUCUACAGCAUCUACUGCAUCUACAACUUUCACAACAACUACUGCAAAAAUACCUGAAGUGAAAACUGAUCUGGAGUUUCGCUCAUCUGACACAUUUAUAGAUGCACUCAGCGAUCAAAACUCAGAGGAGUUCAAGAAUAGGUCUAAGUCUGUCAAGGAUCAGCUUGAAGGAGUUUACAAAAAAAAAUAUCCGAACUUCCUUAGAGUGAUUGUCAUAAAAUUCAG